UUUCUGCAGGCAAAGCACGUGGCUCUCUUAACAGGCGAUGCAGGGCUGUUAUGAGCAUCUCUGUGUAUGGGAAGGGGAGGUUUCAAGGUAUUUUGCUGCCUGGAGCAAAGCACCACAACAGGAAGAGCCCAAGCUGGAAGCACAGUUUAGUAUCCCUAAAGGAGGAGACCGUGCCCUUUGUGCCACUCUUGAGAACAACAAAGAAGUCUCAGGGGCUUUCACUGCCCACUCCACAGCACCUGCAGCCUGAGGAUGGCGCCUCACUCUAUCUAAGCCAGCCUUUCAAAGCCGGACCGUUGGCACCAAGGAGUGAGUGAGCCCUGAGCAUCUUCUCUUCCUCCCCGGAGAGUCCAGUCGCCUUGAGUUCCAGGUGCCCCACCAUUCUUUGAACUUACGAGUGGCUGACUUUAUCUAGAAAAAUCAUUUCAACCCUAUUUUCUAUGCCAGACCAAUAUGCUUGUAGAUAGACUCUUCUACAACAAGAAAUGCUUCUGGAACUGGAAUAUGCUUUAAGAAGAGAUUUUGUAUCAGUUCUGGUGCCGUGGAAUAUUAUGUGCCUCGCAAGCAGGCCACAGACCUUGCAGUGUUCAAAAUGGUGUAUGGUGAAUUUUUCCACAGACCAGGACAAGAUGAAGAGCUUGUCAACUUGAAUGUAGGUGGCUUCAAGCAGUCCAUUGGCCAAAGUACCUUACUCAGAUUUCCCCAUACGAGACUUGGGAAGUUGCUCAAAUGCCAUUCAGAAGAAGCUAUUCUGGAACUUUGUGAUGAUUACAGCGUUGCAGACAAAGAAUAUUAUUUUGACCGAAACCCUUCUUUGUUCAGAUAUGUGCUGAAUUUCUAUUACACGGGUAAGCUCCAUGUUAUGGAAGAGCUUUGUGUGUUCUCUUUUUGUCAGGAAAUCGAAUACUGGGGGAUCAAUGAACUCUUCAUUGAUUCUUGCUGCAGCAACAGGUACCAAGAACGGAAGGAAGAAGGCCCAGAUAAAGACUGGGAGAAUAAAAGCAAUGCAGGAAGCCUGGACUCUUCUGAGGAAGAGUCAUCCAUAUUUGAGAAAGAGCUCGAGAAGUUUGAUAAACAGUGUCUUGGGGACUUGCGCAAGAAAAUAUGGGUCACCAUGGAGAAUCCUGCAUCUUGUUUGUCGGCCAAACUGAUUGCUGUUUCUUCUUUGAGCGUGGUUCUUGCAUCUAUUGUGACCAUGUGUAUCCACAGCAUGCCGGAAUUCCAAAAACUGGAUGCCAACGAAAGAGAGAUCGAAAAUCCUAUUCUGGAAGUUGUGGAGAUCAUAUGCAUCGUCUGGUUCACCUCUGAGCUGAUGAUCAGGUCGGCUGCCGCGCCAAGUCAAAAAAAGUUCUGGAAGAACCCUCUGAACAUUAUCGACUUUGUCUCCAUCAUUCCUUUCUAUGCCACUUUGGCUGUGAACACAAAGGACGAAGAGAGUGAAGACAUUGAAAACAUGGGGAAGGUGGUUCAGAUCCUACGGUUAAUGAGGAUAUUCCGUAUAUUGAAGCUCGCGAGGCACUCCGUUGGACUUCGCUCUUUGGGUGCAACGUUAAGGCACAGCUACCAUGAGGUUGGACUUCUGCUUUUGUUCCUGGCUGUUGGGAUUUCUAUUUUUUCCGUUUUGGUCUACUCGGUGGAAAAAGAUGACGAUACAUCGGAGUUGCAGAGCAUCCCAAUCUGCUGGUGGUGGGCCACAAUCAGUAUGACUACUGUUGGCUAUGGGGACACCUUCCCUGUCACUUUUGCGGGAAAGAUUCUUGGCACAACCUGCAUUAUCUGUGGAAUCCUGGUGGUAUCGCUUCCCAUCACCAUCAUUUUCAACAAAUUUUCAAAAUACUACCAGAAGCAGAAGGAUAUAGAUGUGGACCCUUGCAACGAUGACGCCAAGGAGAAGACCAAUGAGCUCCCUUAUUUUAAUAUUAGGGAUAUUUAUGCAAAAAGGAUGCACUCCUUUAUUUCUAGCCUUUCUUCUGUAGGAAUUGUAGCCAACGAUCAAGAUUCAACAGAUGCCUCCAGUAUCCAAGAUCUUGAUGAUGUUUAUAACGCAACAUCUUUCCAGAAUGAACGUGCAUCUUUAGUCUCUUCGAAGACCCACCUGUGACUGGACCGGUAGUCUUCUGGUUUCCUCUGGCACUAAGCACAGCCAAAUGAAUCCACACAUAUUGAAGAGAUGCUUCAGCAACCCAACUAAAUGAGACAUGGUUAAAGGAGCUCUCUCUCACACAGCACUAGGGGAGAUAAUCAAAAAGCAGUAAGUGGCAAAACCAUCAGGCAGUACUGACAGAUUUUGCUAUGGCUUAUUGUGCAUUUGCUGCUACAGCUUCACACCUAUCCCCCAUUCCACCCAAAAGAAGCCAUACAUGCCAUUGAUAGCCUCAUUUUAUACUUUUUUGGCUAGAAAGAGAUUUAUAUAAAAGGACUGCCUCUCCAUAUGACCCUUUCCCCCUCUAUUCCCCCCCUCCAUUAAUUAACACCCGUGGGUGCUGCCUAACUCUGCCAAAUGCUUCCUGUCACAGUUGCCAUCAUUUACCUCCGCUGCUGAAUGAUGAUGAUAAUGAUGACGAUAACAAUGUAUUGUGACCUAAAGUUAAUGUUGCUUGCUGCUCCUUUGCUUGUUACUGUUGAAGAACUUUAAUUUUUUUAAAGGAAACUUCAGUAGGCCAAAUGUGCAACUAAUCUCGGCUGAUGACUUCACAAUAAGGCAGGCUACCUCAACACCAAUAAAAUUUUGAC